UUACGAGAGAUUUUUCUAUUUCUUCUUCUCUUGUAUUUCUAUUCUUGCUGUUAUGCUUUUAUGUAAACAUACCUCUCUGCUCAUGACAUCAUGACUUACUUCCCAAGCUACAUUGCUCCUCCUCUUUCCAUUUUUCAUUUCAGUAUUAAUAGAUCAUUUAGCAAAAAUAUGGACGGUUUCGCCUUUUUUUUUAAACGGAAUAUUUCUGAUUUCUUUGGAGUUUCUAUUUUUCUUGUAUUUCUUUUCUUCUCAGGUUAAUCCGGGUAUAUAUAUAUAUAUGUUUCUGUCUAACAGACAAAAAAAAAACUACACAAGUAUUCUUAUUUCUUUUACUUUCAAUAGCUAUCUCUAGUUUUUUCUUUAAAAAAACAUCAAUAUGAUCAUUGGUGCUUUAUAUCCUAUUGAUACUGUCGAACCCAUCCAUCCUGCUAUGAUUAUAACAAAACAACUGACAAACACUGAUUAUGUACAAAAUAUGGUGUUACCGAGAGAACAAAUUGAGUCAGUUCUCGCGGUGAUGGAUGGUGUUACAGAUGAGGGUUUAAGAAACGGUAAGGAAGUGGAUGUUUAUGAUGCAACGGAAGAAGACGAAUACAAAGUCACCAUAAAGCGUUUUAACGACGACACCAAAUAUGUUUUUGGAAAAGGUUGGAGUACAAUGAAGUAUUCUUUGGAUCUCGAAGAAGGCCAAGAACUGAAGCUCUACUGGCAUCGUGGUUACAAGAGAUUCAUUGUUCUCAAUUUUCAGUACACUCUUCUAAUGAUUUAAGUGUAGCGCACAUGCGUCUACCUCUUCGGUUUUUCUUAUUAAUUAAUAGCUCUAGUUAAUUAUGUUUUUAGAUUUUAAUAAUGGCUCUAAUUAAUUAUUAUAUUUUAGAUUUCAUUCAUAUUUUCCUAGUUAAGUGUUAAUUUCCCUAAUUUUUAAUAAAUUUAAUUAAUUGAAAUAUCUUGUGUUUCAAAAAAAAAUACCUGCGCAAGGUUAAUGAAAAUCAUUACAUAUACAAAAAAGGAACGUUUUUACAUUCGAACCUAAUUAAAACUAUUGUAGAGCUUCCACUUGUUUGUUCGAGCACAAACCAGACAUUCGUCUGCAUAAGGUAUCGCCUUCCUCAUUGCUCAGACAAUGUUAGAUUACACAAAGGCGGCCGUGUCGAGCGACUUAGCGACGUCAUCCCAGCCUCACUAGACCCCCAAA